AUGGUGGAGAAGGAGGUGCCGAAGAUCAUCGUGCAGGCGGAGGAGAAGAUCGUGGAGGUGCCGCAGGUCUUCUAUGAGGAGCGCCUCAAGUACGUCCCACAGGUCCAGGUGGCCGAGGCUGUCAAGGAGGUGCCGCACUAUCAAAAGCAAGUGGUGCACAAGCACAUCCCCAAGAUCAUGGAGACCAAGGUGGUAGAGAAGGUGAUCCCGGUGCCGGUGAACCUGGUGCGGGAGACCGCCGUGGAGGUGCCCAAGGUGGUGCAGCAUGAGGUGAUCCGGCAGAAAGCCUCCGGGGCCAUGCAGCAGCGCAUCAUCCAAACAGGCUGGCAAUACCAGCGCGCUGCCACAAAGGAGGAGGUGGUGGCCGGCACAGCAGAGGCGGAGCACGGAGGCAUCUACGAGGCUCCUGUUGCCUCUGUGCGGCACGUGAGCCUCCCGAGCAACGAGGUGGAGGUCUCCGCGGUGAUCACGGAGCACUCGGUGUCCCAUGAAGCCCCGGUGGUGACUACUGUGAACCUCGCGCCGGGCAUGUUCGCGCAGGAGACGGUCACUUCGCGGUACGCAAACGCGGGCGAGGCAAUGCUGCUGCAGGAGGGCCAGCUUGGCACCAUGUACGGCGGCGCCGCAGUGGGCACGGCCUACGGCGGCGGCGCAGCCACAGCUGGCGCCGCCUACGGCGCGACCGCGGGCGCCGCCUACGGCGCGACCGCGGGCGCUGCCUACGGCACGACCGCGGGCGCGGCCUACGGCACUGCCACGGGCGCGGCCUACGGCACUGCCACGGGCGCGGCCUACGGCACCAGCGCGGGCGCUGCAUACAGCGGCGGCACUGCAGUAGGCACUGCCUACAGCGUGGGCAGUGGGACUGGCACUCAUGUAGGCACCGUGUUGGGGGCAGCGCCCAGCACCAUGUGCCGCGGCAACGCGGCCUAUGCCGGGGCCUACGUUGGCAACGCCUGGGGCGCCGACGACGUCUCCGGCCUCAGCACGGCGCGGACCUCCGGCUCCGACGCCGUGACCUGCAACCACUGCGGCAACGUCUACAUGGCGGACUCCCACUUCUGCCGGAAGUGUGGUGCGCCGCGGGGAGCCGCUGAGGUGCAGGUGGCUGAAGUGACCUGCCAUAGCUGCGGCAACACCUACAUGCCGGACUCCCACUUCUGCCGGCGCUGCGGCGCGCAGCGCCUGGAGGGCCAACAGCUCAUAACCGAGCCCGUGGCCGGGAGCUGCGGAUCCCAGUCGACGCUGAUGACGCAGCCCUUGCGCUAG